AUGGUGCUUUGCAACUGUUAUGCAAUUCUAUUUCUUUUGCUUUUAAGAAGAAUAACUGCCGACUCACCGAACGCAAUGAAUGAAGCUGGUUUUGAACUUUUUUCUAAUGAAAAGCUACAAGCUGGGAAAUCGAAAUUGGAAGAGUUCACGGCGAACGCUAAGAGCAGUGAUUGUUGGAAGAAAGCUGUUGGAGGGAUCGAGAAACGAUGCAAGACUCUUGGAGACGUGGAACAGAGCUACCUGGCAAUCGAUUUUACAAACUGCCAUUUGUCAAAAUCAGGGAGAAGAAUCUAUUCUUGUUCGAGAGAGACGCAAUCAGUUGAGAAAUGUACGGGAUCAAUGGACGACACAACAUAUCUAGCGUAUACGACAUUUUUUGCUCAUACGACUAACAUCUGUUUCUACGUGAAAAGUGAGUUGUGGCAAGCAAGAACAGAAGGCACAAUCUCUAAAUUAUCAAGAACUUCCCGACAGGUUUCUGCUCAGCUGGAGGAGUCUGCCCAAAGACAAAUCCUAUUACUACAAACACAGAAUAUUUCCCUUGAAAACCAGAAGGAAAUCAUAUCAAAUGAAAUCCAGUUAUCUGCGACACUGAAGAACUCCACGUCAACAGCAAGGGAAGCCUUCGAGGACAUGAAGCAAAAUGCUGUCGAACAAAAAGCUUUAUUCACUGAAACAUUUGAUGGUGUCUUCAAAAGUGUGGAAAAGGUCCAAAGACUGCAAUCAAUGAUUCUUGGAGAGUUCAUAAGUUUACAAUCUGUAGCUUUCUACAUUGCUGCAGUAUGUUCAUGUUAUUUCCUGACAAGCACUCCACGCACGGCAGCUGGCAGACUCCCGAUUUUCGUUUUGUUGUUUAUUCUCAUAUUCAGUGAGCGGCUGGUGACAUCUUAUGGGGUGACAGACACCCAGUCAACCAACACAGUAAGGCAUAGUACUUGUAGUGUUUUAAUUACUGUAUGUGCAUAAUGAAUACUCUGACGUUUCAAAGGUUGGCCCUUUGCCAUUCCCUCUGAUGAAAGGCUAACACUUGAAAUGUAAGCUUUAUAAUUCUUCACAAUAGCUAAUGUAUAUUAUCAACUCAGUUGAUGAAACCAAAUUAUCUUGUCAUACCUCACACCUGUGCAGCACCACAGUUUCCUAAGAAACUCAACCCCUUUAUUCAUUUAUUGAAAAUUCUGCCACAUUGCAGGAAUGGUGGGAAAAAAAUUAGUGACAGCAGCUUUGUGUGAAGCUUCAACUACUGAAACAAGCCACUAAACAAUUCAGAAUGUUUGGUAAACUGAAGAUAUGUUAAUUGGUAAAUUGCAAACAAGCACCACAGUUUGUGAAAAAUUGGAGAAAUAAGAUUAUGAAAUCUUAUGUCUGCAUUUCCUGCUGAUCCUCAAUAGUCCAUUUUACAGUUGCCUACUUGGUUGCCAGGCCUUUGAAUAGAAGUGAGGCUAAUGGUGACCUUUUUAUGAUACAAACAUUGUUGCUUUUCAAAUGUAAAUUACUUUGUUAUCAUGCUAACUAAAUAUUGGUUUCUAUCACAACAUGGCCACCUUCAGCCUCACUCCAAACCAAAGGCUUGGCAACUUAGCACACAUCUGUAAAAUGGCCUAUUUUAAGUGAAUUAGAUCAUAUGAUGUUGCUGUCAUUAUUAUUAUUUGUCUCUGUCCAUAAACUUUGAAGAGAGUUACUUCGAGAGUUAUUUGUUCUUCUUAACCCUUUAUCUCCCAUGAGUGACCAAGAUAGAAUUUCUCCUUACAAUAUCAAGCAGACAAGUGAUGAGAAUAAAGAAAAAUAUCAAUUAGGGGAUUAUGAAUUGAUCUAAUACCAAUUCUCCCAACUAACUACACAAGAACUGUAUGGCAAACUGUAAAGAGAAUUACUAAUGAGAUCUUGGGAGUUAAAGGGUUAAUAACAGAAAACAAUGAAUUCCAUAAAGGGCUCAAUAUGGAAGUCAGGCUCCUAAUCAGUAAGCCUCCUUGAAGUAAAAUCAUGUUAAUCACAAGGCAAACUUUUCAUAUGUUUUAGAGAGAAAGCGAAAUCUGUAAGUUACACUAUAACUGUUUAAUCUCCUACGAGUCUCAAUAGUAUACUUAUUGAUAUUCCUGACCACUACUUUUCACAUUUGUCUCACAGGAAGCCAUACACUCAAGACUUUGGUUUUUGAGAAAGCUAUUCAUCAUUAUCACAACUAUUGUGAUAAUGGUUGUUGGAUACCAAUAUCAAGAUUACAACAAAAUCAACUUUAAUAUGCUUUGUGAGAUGCAGCUUCAGAUUCGAGAUAUGAAGCGAUGGCAGGAGACAAUCAAAAGUUUGAAGGCACUUACAAAUGGAGACUCUUCACCUCAGCCUGUGCAGAGCAGGUAAAUCCGAUAUUGGUACUUUUUUUUAAGUAUUAUUGCUUUUGUUGUCAUUGUCAUGAGCAAAGGAGAACUCCAAGAGGUUGUAUACAGUGAACAUUGGCAAAUAAGCUGCUCCAUUUUCCCCAAAAUUUUUGGAGCAAGUUAGGGGUGCAGCUUAUCUGUGGGUAACACUACAAUUGGGAAAUGUGCCACAAAUUGACAUCAAGUAACAAUAUUCAUCAAUAUAUAUAAUUUAUGAGUAUGUAUGAAAAAACUAAUAAGAACUUCGUAAAAAGAUACCAGGGUAAACAUUAAUCAUUGGUUUUGUUAGUUUGGUGACUUGUAAAGUAGCAGUUUUUGUUCAUAAACUCAGGCUUAUAUUUCUGGCUGUUAUAACAAACCAUGUUUUUUUUAUAACAAACCUGUUUAAAGUUGACUUCUUUGAGCAGCGAAACAUUACUCAGCAAGAAAUCUCUAUUUCACUGCAAAACUGUUAACAGUGUCACAAAUAGCUGGUCACAUCAGUAGGGGUCUACGGUGAAAGUGAAUGUUCUUGUAUGUUGGGAACAUUCUUAUUCUUGUAUGCCUUUGUCAGCAUCUGUGGUAGCCAGUCACAUGAAUACCAGUAGUGUCAUCUUACCUUUUUUACAGAGCAUGGGAUGUAAUAAAAAUGAUUCAGCCAUGUUAGCAGACCACAGAUCAAGCAAGCCAGCAUAAUGUCAGCCGCAUACAAGUGCCUAAUGUUAUUCUAAUAUUUUUUGUGUGCAGACAUUCAAUGCCAAGUAUUACACAUCCUGGUUGUACAAAAUAUGUCCAAAUAUGUGAUUUACAAGAUGGUCCCAUCAGUAAUUGUGCACAAAACUUGUAUAGUGAUGAUGAGUCUGAUUUGAGUUAUGUACCUGGUGAGUCAGACCUGGGGAGUUUUUCUGAUGAUAGCAAUGAGGAAGAGGAGGAAGAUGAUUCUGAGACUGAAGACGCCAUACCAGAUGUGAGAACACCAGUGAUUGGAACGAAAGCCAAAGGAACACCUAAAAAGACAAACCCUGCAGUGUCCAGAAGAACAAGUAGUAACAAAAGGGUUAGAUUUGUCUGAAAUUUCCUUUGUGUUUGUGUUGUUCAGGUGUAAAAAACCAUAUACAACCAGAAUUUGGUUAUGAAGAGGUUCCCAUGGAAUAAAACUUUCCUUUUCUUUCCAAUGAUACUGUUCUCCCAUAUUUCUAUGCCGCCUUCCUUUUUAUGAUUUUUGCCUUUUUAUGUUUGUCAGGGUCAUAAUUCAAGUCCAUCAGUACGCUACAAUCUUCGAUCAAGGGAAAGCGCACCCUCUUAUGUCCACAAUGGUAGUUUCCUCUGCAACAUGCCUUCGCCAUCAAAAUUAACGAAGCUGAUUGACAAAGUACAAAAGGGUUCAAACAAGCGGUACACAGCUGUGAUUUGUAAUCCUAAGAACAAGAGCCCUAAAAAAGCACCAUUGUUUUCAUCUGAUGAAGAACCCUAAACACAUUGUUGCCUCUGAUUAUGAGCAUUUAACUUCUGUAAACAUAUGGCUGGGUCAAUGAUUCUGCAACCAUCAUUGUUAUUGCCAUUGUUGUCAUUAUC